CCCGCGGGCGGCGGGAAGCGCCGGGAGCCGCCGGCCCCAUGCCAUGGAGCCCCAGCUGUUCGCCUGGGGUGCAAACAGCUAUGGACAACUUGGUCUUGGUCAUAAAGAGGAUGUGCUGGUUCCUCAGGCCCUGAAAGGUGUUUCCUGCAAAUGUCAAGACGUUGUAAGCAUUGCUGGAGGAGGGGGACAUUCUGCAGUUAUCACUGGUACAGGACAACUCUUUGUAUGUGGCCACAACCAAAAUGGGCAGUUGGGAUUGAAUCACACAGAGGAUGUGCUCUGUUUUACUUUGUGCACUGCCCUGUCUGGCUUUUGUGUGAAACAAGUUGCAUGUGGCUGGGAUUUUACAAUCAUAUUAGUAGGAUCUGGCCUAGUGCUGUCCUGUGGGUCAAACUCCUUUGGACAACUGGGACUUCCUCAAAUUUCAGGCCCAUGCUUGAUUCCACAAAAGAUUGAGUCUCUCAAAGAGAAGGUGGUGCAUAUUGCUGCAGGACUGAGACAUGCCCUUGCUGCUACAGACAGUGGUUUGGUGCUGCAGUGGGGAACUGGGAUGGCAUCUCAGGCAAAGCGUGCAAGCCAAGGAAAAGCCCUCCCUCUCUUCUUGACAGCAAAGGAGCCCUGUGAAGUGUCAGGCCUGGAAGAUGUAAAUGUGAAGGAAGUUGCUGCAGGCUCCUAUCAUUCCGUGUCCCUCACAGAUGAAGGACACCUAUUUGUCUGGGGCAGCAACAAACAUGGGCAGCUGGUGAGUGGAGACAUCUUUCUUGCUGAGCCCAAGAAGAUAGACACCCAGUGUUUCUCACAUGAAAAGAUUGGAGCAGUUUGGAGCGGCUGGACCCACCUGGUGGCACAGACAGAAGCUGGCAAGGUGUUCACCUGGGGCAGAGUGCACUAUGGGCAGCUUGGAAGGCACGUGGUGGUUCCGGAUGGGCAGCAGAGCACAGCAUCUGAACAGUGCUUCUUGGAGCUGUUGUGUAACACCCCUGUUUCAGUUCCUUGCCUAAAUGGAGCAUCUCAGAUUGCAUGUGGCUCAGAGCAUAAUCUGGCAAUAGUUGGUGGCCAGUGCUUCUCUUGGGGAUGGAAUGAACAUGGCAUGUGUGGUGAUGGAACAGAAACAAAUGUUCGUGUCCCAAAGCCAGUCGAAGCUCUUGGCUGUACAAAACAGAUCUUAAUUGGAUGUGGGGCAGGACACUCCAUGGCCCUCUCAAAUUCCUCACUAGACCCAGCACACCUGGAAUCAUAGCAUCGUGUAUGUGGAUGGACAUCUUUGGAUUGUGUAGCUCAGAGGUGCUACAGGAGAACUGCCCAUGAUUAACACAGGAGCUGGAAACUGCAGAUAUUUUUCCUAAAUCCAAAAGGAAUGACUAUGCAUGAAAAGCUGUAAUAUUUAAAAAAUUGUUUCCUGGGUUCUUGCCACAGGAAUUGACUUUCUUACCCACAGAUAGAAUUACAGACAUUCUGAUUUGAUGGAAUACAACUGAAAACGGAUUUACAUUUUCUUGUUCUUCUGAGAUGUCGUUGAGGAAGAAACCGACUGGUUAACAGCUUAUUGGUGUAUAAGUUCAGUCUGAAGAUAUGGUCUGAGAAGGUAGUUUGUUAUUGUAUCUUUACAUCAUGAUAUGUUGUACCUGCCAACUUCUACUGUGGUUGUGAGGGCCCAGCAGCUCAGAAAAUUGUUUGUGUCAGAAAGAAAUGCCAGUGAACACGACUAGAUGCAUACACACAUUUUAAGCAGAAGAUUAAGAUUAAAAGAAAAAAAAAAAGCGAUGUAAUUUAGAAGGCUGGCAAAAGGGAUAAAUGAGGCCCUUUUGAACUAGCUUUGUCUGGAUUAAACUGUGAAAGGAGCAGUAUUUUUCAUGGAUUAUGUACUGUGCCAGACAUUAGUCUAUUAUAGAUUUAUAGGGAUGCAGAUCUGCAUGAAUUAUCAUUAACUUGCAAACCAGACCUGAAGUUUUUGAAGCUACUGCUCAGGGAAGGAAAACUUCUAAGAGCUCUUAGAAACAAUCAAAAAGUUCUUAUCAAAAGGCAUAAAUCAGUUGUAGCUGUUGAGGACAGCUUGAGCCAAUGUAGCUCCUGUGUUUUUAUCUGCUUUGGAAUAGGAAGACAUUAAAAUCUAACCAGAAAGAUUUUAGUAGUUCUCCAGCCUAAAAGGCAGAGCAGAAUCCUCCUGGUAAUUUCAGGUUCUCUUCUGUUUUGCAGCCCAAUUGAGUUGCUGUUCACAGCAUGCCCACAGUACUUGUUCCAGGUGGGGGCUUGGCAGAGAACAUAGGCCUAUCAUGUGUUUUGAUAGGAGAAAGGAAAAAGUGUGAAAUGAGAUGCCUUUGGAUAUUAUUAGCUAAUAAUAUAAUUAUUAUUAGCUGCCUAUGUUAAGCAAAAUUUUGGUAGCUAUUUAUAAAACUAUUUUUUUCCAUACAAAUACAGUGGAUGCCAUUAAACUGGAUGUUUACCACUCACAAUACUUAUAUUUGCUCUGGUAUUCAACAUAUUUCAAGUUCUAAAUAUAGAGGAUUCUACUGUGUAGUACAUGCACCUUUUAAUGAGACCUGCUGUUGCUAAACAGUGGUUUAAUUUUUAAAGUAGGCUUGCCAGGGAAGAAGCAUUACAGAACUACAAAAUGCUCAGAGAAAAGUUCUUAGGAAAUAGGACAUGAAGACCUAAUGAUGUAUCAGCUUACACAUGAAGGGGAAGAAAUAAUAUGAUAAUAUGGGUCUGCAUGGGUUUUUCCACCCUUGGUUUUACAACAGUUAUAGUUCUUGCCUUCACUUUCAAGAGUAUUUUAUUUUUCUAUUCAAUAUAUGAGAAAAUUGAGUAGACUACGAAGGUGAUUUUAACUAUUUCUGAUGCUAAAAGAAUAAUCAAAUGAGUACUCUGCAAAAUAUGUAGAAUUAAGAUUUCUAUUGUAAAAUGUUUUUUUUUAUUCCAUGUGUUAGCUGUGGUUCUUCAUGCCAAUGAAGAAUUCCAGGCUUUGACUUCUUGCACUUUUAAUUAUAUAAGUUGAUAUUUAUUAACUGUUCUAAAUGCCACUUUCUGGAUACCAAAGCUCCUCUAUUCUAUGCACUGAACAGUUUCUCAUGCUUUCUUUGACAGUCCUGUCUGAGAUUUCUAUUGUGAUCUCUGCAAAAUCUGUGUACCAAAUAAACGUGUUUUCUUGCUUCAGUAAUCAACUCCUCUAAAUAAGUCUGUUCCUUGAUUAAUCACAGCCAAUAUGUGCCUUACAUGAGGUUUACUGGACUGGACAUGUUUUGACUG